AGCAUUUAACAACUGGGGUUUCCUUUCAUUUUUAUUUGUAGUCUCGUAUAAAUAUCCGGCUCUAACUGCAACUAUCGCAUUGUGUGAUUCGAAACCAUUGCUCUUAUAAUAAAAAAAUCUAUUUCUACAAUAUGUCGAAGUUUUUCGUGCUAAUAUCAAUUGUAUUGAUGACAGUAUUUACAAUGAAAUGUAAUGGAUAUGUUUUACACGGAGACGUUAGACACCAGCAGUGGUUUUUGUGUAGGCGAUUAUGGCCGAAUUCCAGUUGGGAAAUUUAUCUUAAGAAGUGAACCUUGUGAAAAGAUAACGUGCAACCACGGCUCACGUCAAGGAGAAGGAUGCGGUAAGGUCAUGGUUUCAAAAGGUUCCGGCUGUAAAUUGAUAAAGAAGGAAGGCAAUUAUCCCAACUGUUGUCCUGAUGUAAAAUGCGAAACAAAUAUAUAAUGUGACGUAGCCAAGUUUCAAUUCUAAGAAGAAAUUAAAAUUUCUUCUCCAUCAGAAUGUAUUUUUUCACAGCAAAAAUUGUUAACAAAAUAAAGGAAAUUGACUUUU